CAUCAUGAAUUAAAAUGUCAGUUGUCACACGUCUGAUUCUGUCACAAUUCAAAUGCCAUUUUCGAUUUAGUAGGUAAAUAAAAUCUCGUAUAAAUAUAUUUUGAUGCAAGUCCUUAGAAAAUAAAUAUAAAUUAAAUACGAAUAAUGACUUAUGUUAGACGCUGGCGAUCUACAGCGAUUAUUGGUGCAUUCAUUGGAGUGCUAGGACUAACUUUAUAUCCUAUCGUUAUAAGCCCAAUGAUGGAUUCCUCUGAAUACAAAAAAAUUCAAAAAGAAACUAGGAAGAACAUAAAACAAGAGGAUAUUCAACCUGGAAAUAUGAAAGUCUGGUCAGAUCCAUUCGACCGAAAAAAACCUCAUAAUGAAUAGAAUAUUCAUAAGAUUAUUUAUUGUUUUAGAAGGUAAAUAAAUUUAAAAAAAUGUUAUUUAGUUAUUAAUAAAAUAAA